CCCUGCGACACUAUCUUAUCUCAACGCUCCGGCCCAAGACGAAGCAAAUUUGAAGAUUUUCUUUUUCUUUUUUUGAAAAGCGUGACUAGUAGACGCUCGACAUGGACGUGUCGGCUUCAUGACACCAUGGCCCGCCUCAAGUCGAGCCCCGGCUUCGGCUGUGGUCCGAACCCUUCGUACGAGCAGCCCCGAUUUCCCCGACCUCAACGCCGAUGGUCUGGAGUACUUAGACUUAACCAACGAUGUCUCUGAAUCCUCUGACCCGCUACCGUUCAACUGCGAUGCGAAACUCUGCCGCGAAGAUUACGCAUCUCGACCCAAUCUAGUGGCCUCGAGCGGUAGAAAGAGAAAGAGCAGUGAAAUCAGUGAGGAAGAGUUCAGCGUCCUGGGCACUGGUACCUGUUCCCCCACCCCGAGCUCUGGGAAUCCAUCCGGAACACGUCGAAGCGACGGAUCUCGCGGCAGUCGAACACGCCGAACCCGCGAUGGCUUCAAAAACCAUCUGUCAACCGAAAUUUCACCCAUCAGUGAGGAGGGCGAAGUUGAAAUACUAUCGCCCUCAAGAUAUGUACACAGCCCGCUUGCUCAUGAGCAAUCCCCUCGGAAAGCGUUACCUGUCAUCGACACUCAACAUCCCUCGAAGGGAGCAACAAGCCCUUUGGAGGAGUCCGCUGUUAAUUCUGAAGCUUCCAAUUCAGUCCGUCAGACCAGCUCGCUUCCUCCUCGAAUGGAGGAUGACAGGGAUGAGUCAUUCAUUCCUGACUCCGAUGGAGAAUCUUUGAUGCCCCCUUCCCAUAAUAGCUCAAUCGCCAUCUUGAAAGUCUCCAAGGACAAACCAGCAAAGAUUUGUACUCAUACAGCGCCAACAGCUAUGCCUGCAGUCCAGCCAGGCUUUGCUUCGCUCUCCCAGCGCCUCAUUACUCCAGGAAUAGCCGCCCCUAGAGUGCGCGCCAUCGCAUCAAACAGCUCGCAGACCGCCAAGGCUACCACUGAAGAUUCUUUCAAUGAACAUCCUAGUAAAACCCUUCCCGAAUCAAGUCAAACAUCGUUUCUUCUGAAUCAGUUGAGUUCCCAACCAUCGACCUUGACUAAAUGGAAGCGAUUUAACGAGCGCUUGCCGAAGGAGAAGCGAAGUGAGGUUAAGUCAGAAAAAGAGCGAUUGUUACGACAACAGAAGGCCUUCAAACAACUCACUGCCCCAACGGAUGAGGCACUUUGUAGGAAACGCGAAGAGCUUACCCAAGUCAUUACUCAAGCCUACGCCCAAGGCCUUGACACGGAUGAGGACGAAGUUCGACUUGAUGACCUCAUCGAUGAAAUCCAAGCGGUGGAGCAUGCCCUGCUCAAAACAAUCGAUGGCACUGGGCUAGAUGCAGCUGACUUCCUUGGGACUGUCCAGAAACCAACGCAUGGUCGCCCUCCUACAUCAGUCAUUGUGAAGGGCACUCAACCAAUGUUUCAAAAGAGUGCCAACAUGUCUAUGAUGCCCAAUGUUGCCACACUAGCAAGCGAGAUGGGUACGCGAGUGGCUCAUGAGACUCAGCUGCCCAAGGCUUCUGAGAACCGGCAGUACCCAGCAACAUCGAGGAUUGAGGCCUCGCAAAGGAGGAGUGUUAUCUCCCAGGGAAACAACACUGUUGGGACUCCUCUUUUCCCGAAAGACACCGCAAAACCCUCAAAUGCACCUUAUCAAUCAAGACCGGCGACGAGACCAUCAAUGGUGGAUCCCAUGCCUGUGGAUGCAGAAUUUGGUGUCGGUGACGACCGCUUCUCUGAUUUGGAUGGACUUCAGCUCCAGCCAGUGCUCAAAGCUGCAAGAAACUUGGUACCAGGCAGUCGAAGUCCGCCUCAAGCGACACAUCGUCGCCCUAGCGAUGAAUUCAGUGACUUCAGCGACGACGGGGAGAUGCUUGCUUUUGUACAGGAUUAUGAGACCCGUCAGCCCCACGUUCCCAUCUCGCAAGACUUUAGAGAAGUCUUCUCGGAGACAACUGUUAAUGCUGGAGCUGUUGUAAAGCCUCAAACCUCGUCAAAGGAGCUAUUGACGUCAGUAGCGCCAGAGUCAAUCCCUGCCGAGCCGAUGAAACAUCCGUGGUCACCUGAAGUUCAAAGGAUGCUCAAAGACCGGUUCAGAAUGGCAGGAUUCCGCCAUAAUCAGCUUGAGGCUAUUAAUGUAACAUUGGGAGGUAAAGAUGCCUUCGUCCUUAGGCCAACGGGUGGCGGCAAGUCUUUAUGCUACCAAUUACCUGCCGUUAUCAAAACUGGCAAGACUCAGGGUAUCACCAUUGUGGUGUCGCCCUUGCUCAGUUUGAUGCAAGAUCAAGUUGACCACAUGAAAGCUCUAGGCAUUCAGGCUGUCGCUUUCGAUGGCGAAUACUCUGCUGAAUAUAAGAGACAGGUUAUGACUGCUUUCGAGAAGAGAAGCCCAGAGGACUACAUUGAGCUCCUGUAUGUUACCCCCGAAAUGGUGAGCAAGAACACUACCUUCAACAAUGGGCUGCGAACCCUGCAUCACAAAGGUAAACUUUCACGCAUCAUCAUUGAUGAGGCUCACUGCGUCAGUCAAUGGGGCCCUGAUUUCCGGCCAGACUACAAAACUUUGGGCGAAGUCCGCCAGAGAUAUCCUGGAGUGCCGGUCAUGGCUCUCACAGCCACCGCGACACAGAACGUCAUCGUCGACAUCAGGCACAAUCUCGGAAUGGACAACUGUCAAACGUUCUCACAAAGCUUCAAUCGUCCAAACCUACACUACGAGGUUCGCGGAAAGACAACGAAUGCCAAAUGUAUGGACGAGAUCGCGUCGCUGAUCAAGUCCAAAUAUGCGAAUCAGAGUGGGAUUGUCUACACGGUCACACGAAAGAACACAGAAAAAGUUGCGGAGAGUCUUUCGAUCCAAGGAAUCACCGCCAGGCACUACCACGCAGGCCUCGACCCCAAGGAGAAGGUUGAGGUACAAACUGCCUGGCAGCAGGGCCAGGUCAAGAUUGUCGUUGCAACAAUUGCGUUCGGCAUGGGCAUCGACAAGCCAGACGUGAGGUUUGUCAUACACCACGGACUUCCAAAAACCUUGGAAGGAUACUAUCAGGAGACGGGUCGCGCAGGCAGAGACGGAGACCCCUCCGAUCGCAUUCUUUUCUAUGGCAAGCAGGAUCCAAGGAUCCUGAAGAAGUUGAUCGCUGAUGAUGUCUAUGCUCAACCGUGUCACGCAUUUUGUGACAACAAGUCUGAUUGCCGACGGGUUGAAAUUCUUCGCUAUUUUGGCGAGGAUUUUACUGCAGCGCAGUGCCGCAAGACUUGCGACAAUUGCAAAGCUGGUUUGAUCUUUGAGCAGCGAGAGUUUUCUGAGUAUGCCAUAGCGGCCAUCCGGGUUGUUCAGGCGCAGAGGCGAAUUACAGCGGUGCAAUGCGCCGACAUCCUCAUGGGGAGGAAGUAUCCCCCCUAUGAGGCACGUCACUCAGAUGACUGGUAUGGAAUGGCAAAGAGCCAUAAGAAGCAUGAGCUUGCAUUUCAUGAGAACAACCAAGUCGGAAAUCAUGGCAUGGUAAUCCAGUAUCUGAAACUCGGAGCGACAUACCGCCUGUUUCUCUCAGGGCAACGGAAGCUCAUGUUAUCGAUUCAAGUACCGGAAGAGGGCAUGACUAACAAGCUUUCCAAGCCCCGAUCGAAGCAAGCCAUCAAGAAGCCAAAGGGUCAGGAUGUGACCGCCAUGACGUCGCCAUAUGUGUCUUUACCUGCUGGACGACGGAGAAAGAAAUCUCGUACUGUGAAAAGCGACGAUGAGAAUGGCGUCAUGACUUUGAACGACUAUGCGAAUGAUGGGUUCAUCGUAAAUGAUAACGAGGAUGAAGAGGCCUUUGAAGAGCUGCCUGACCACCAACCACUGAAGCCGCCCUCGCGAUCGCCUGGGCUUCCAAUACCCAUCAGUGCCGAGUUGGAGGACUUGAACGAAAUACAACGGGAUAUUGUCGACGGUUUCGUCCAGGAAGCAAAGAAGGAGCUCCAGGUGAUGGCUAUACGGUGGACAAUUUCUCUAAACAAGAUGUCUAAGAUUCCAGGCAUCCAACUUGACAAAGUCAUGAUUCAUGGACCAGAGAUCCUACGUAUCUUGCGAAGAUACUACAACGGCUACCGUGAGGUCAUGGAUCCCAAGUGCUCUGGAAGUAACGACCAGGAGAUUGUGGAUCUGCUAAGUUCAGAUGCCGAGAUGGGUGAGGAUGCCUACGAGGAGGAGGAUGGGGAGGAUUCUCCUUAUUUCAACACCACCAGGCACGCCGAUAUUCGGGCCUAG